AUGAAACGCGUCGAGCACUCUGAGGAAGAAUGGAAACGUCGGGAUCUCUUUGGAUUUAUAAGAUCUACAAUGCGCGUGGCUUCGAUGUAUCCAUGGAGCUUAGACACAAAUGGCAAUGUUCUAAGCUAUCUAAUGAAUUUGAUUGACUUGAUCUACGAGAUGUUCAACUACUUUGUUUGUGUGCAUCUGGCGGCAUUAUACGUGUGCACUAUCUACAUCUACUAUGGCCAAGGGGAUCUGGAAUUUCUCGUCAAUUGCCUCAUACAAACGAUCAUCUAUAUUUGGUCCAUCCUAAUGAAAUUGUACUUUCGACGCUUUCGACCCAAGCUGCUGAAUGAGAUCAUCAGCUCUAUCAAUGGAAAACAUCAGACGCGCUCAGCACUCGGUUUCACCUAUGUGACCAGCAUGGGAGCAUUGCGUCAUUCUAAUCUGUGGAUCAAGAGCUACGUCUACUGCUGCUUUAUAGGCACCAUAUUCUGGCUAGUGCUGCCCAUUGUCUACAGAGAUGGCAGUCUGCCCUUGGCUUGUUGGUAUCCCUUCGAUUACACCCAACCGAUUGUCUAUGAGGUGAUAUUCUUUCUUCAGGCCAUGGGACAGAUUCAAGUGGCAGCUUCAUUUGCCUCUUCUAGUGGAUUUCAUAUGGUCUUGGGCAUACUCGUCUCUGGCCAAUACGAUAUUCUCUAUUGCAGCCUCAAGAAUGUGUUGGCCACAACAUAUUUGAGAAUGGGUGCGACUUUGGCACAGCUGAGCGAACUCAAAGAGGCGCAAUCCGUGGCAGAUGCCGAGGUGAAUCAGUUCAGCUACUCCCAAGAGAUUCACACUCCACUGGAAAAACUCACAGAGCAGCAAACGUCGAGUAAUAUUAGAGACUUUAAAAGCGCCUUCAGAGAUUGCUUCAAAGAUUGCGUGGAACAACAUCAUUAUAUCAUAGCGACUCUUUACAAAUGGGAACACUUCUAUAAUCCCAUCUGGAUAUUCAAGAUCGGCGAGGUGACCUUUCUCAUGUGCCUAGUGGCCUUUGUCUCGACCAAAAGCACAACGGCCAAUUCGUUUAUGCGUAUGGUUUCGUUGGGUCAGUAUCUGCUGCUUGUGGCCUAUGAGCUCUUCAUCAUCUGCUACUUUGCCGACCUGGUCUAUCAGAAUAGUCAGCGUUGUGGAGAUGCUCUCUGGCGCAGUCCUUGGCAUCUGCACAUGCGACAAGUGCGCAGUGAAUAUUUGUUCUUCUUGAUGAAUUCCCGGCGACAGUUUCAGCUGACUGCUGGCAAAAUAUACAAUCUGAAUGUGGAUCGCUUCAGAGGCACUAUCACAACAGCUUUUUCAUUUCUGACGCUUCUACAGAAAAUGGAUGCUCGUGCCUAGUUUCGCAUUUACUUGUUUAUUCUCAUAUAAUACAAUUAUUUUAAUUUAAUAAAAAUUAGCAUAAAAAUGUAACACAUACAAAUAGUUAAAAGGCAGAAACACAUUGAAGACAUGCUGGUGCCUUAACCACAACGCCCUUGAUAUUGUUGCAUAUUAAAUGUUUAGGUUUGUUAAAAAAAAAAAGAGUAAUGAAAAUUGGCGUUAACUUCUUAUUCCGUAUGCCACGUAAAUUUAAAUACAA